AGAAAACUACUACGACAGCACUUUACGGCAUUCCAUGAACUACAAACACGCAGCCGCAGUUGGCUGACCUUCCGUGGUACUCGAGCAAGCAUGGCAUCCCGGACACUGGCGAAAGGACUUUGGGGGCUACGGCACUCACGGGCUGCUACAAUCGGAUACUCGUGUGGUGGACAUCACUAUGCCACUGCAGCCUCCAUUAAAUCCCCUCUUGACGAUUUUUCAGAGAAAGUAAUUAACCAGCCACUUCAGAAGCCGGACUUUUUCCGUGUGUCGGAGCUCUUCUCUUUGAAAGACCUGUUCGACGCCAGAGUGCAUCUUGGUCAUAAGAAGGGUUGCAGGCACAGGCUUAUGGAGCCUUACCUAUAUGGCUGCCGUUUGGACCAAGAUAUAAUUGAUCUCGACCAGACUGUGGAGCACCUUCAGCUAGCCCUAAACUUCACUGCCCAUGUAGCGUAUCGUGGUGGCAUCAUACUGUUUGUCAGCCGCCGGCGUCAGUUUGGCCACCUUGUGGAGAGCACUGCUAGGGAUUGUGGGGAGUACGCCCAUACGCGGUACUGGCAGGGAGGCCUCCUUACAAACGCCCCCAUCCAGUACGGCCCAGGAGUCCGCUUACCAGACCUCAUCAUCUUCCUUUCCACUAUCAACAAUGUGUUUCAGCAGCACGUGGGAAUCAGAGAUGCGGCAAAGAUGAACAUUCCCACAGUGGGCGUGGUGGACUCAAACUGCAACCCCAGCCGGGUGACGUACCCUGUGCCUGGGAAUGACGACACCCCAGCUGCUAUGGAGCUUUACUGUCGCUUAUUUAAGAUGACUAUCAGCCGUGCCAAGGACAAAAGGAGACAGAUGGAGCUACUGCACGGCCUGUCAGCACCCACCACACCAAGCUCAUGACAUAUUAUAUUCUUAAAAAAUAGACAUUAAAAAAUGCAAUUUAAAAAGUCAAGAUUAUCUCCUGCUCUCUCAUAAUGCAUGUGGAUUUGGAAAAGUUCAAUUGAUCCCAGUGCUUUCUUGUGUUCAGACUGAAGUUGUGUGUAUCUUACUUACUAAUGAAUCUUGUGUCUGUGGCGUGUGGUCUUCUGGUUCAGAUUUAACAUUCUGUCUCAUAAUAGGCCCUCAAAGAUGAAUCAUGCUGCGGCAGGCUUGUCCAAAUUCAACUGUUAAUACUUAUGUUUACCUGGACUGCCAUAUUCUUCACUAGUGACAUUCUAAAUCAGACAGCACUUUGUGUUACUGUUGCAUUUGUAUUUAUCCUGAAAGGUUGUAGAUAACCCAAAUAAUAACUAAAGAUAUUUACAUGA